CAUCGAGCGCACAGACCCCUGGGAAACAGAACAUCCAAGAUGGCGGAAGAUCGCGAGGUUUUGAGGGAAAUUUGGGACGGUAGAUUGCCGGUCUGUUUCAACCUCACUUCUGAUGAAGUUGUUAGUAUGGAGCAGCCAGAACCCUACUACCUUUUGGUGCCAAGAUUGAACUACCUUAUGCUGGUGACAGACAAGAUACAGAGACACUUCCAAAGAGCUGUUAAUCAAGACUCAGUCGAGGAGGUCUGGUUUGAGUAUGAUGGCCAGCCUUUGAAAUGGCAUUAUCCAAUUGGUGUAUUGUUUGACCUGUAUGGUUCCUCUGCCUCCCUUCCGUGGAAUCUAACUGUACAUUUCCAGAAAUUCCCCACUGACGAACUCAUGAGAUGUCCUGGGAAAGAAGCAGUAGAGGCGCACUUCAUGUCUUCUGUGAAAGAGGCUGAUAGUCUAAAACAUAGAUCUCAAGUCAUCAACUCAAUGCAGAAAAAAGAUCACAAACAGCUUUGGUUAGGACUGAAUAAUGAUAAAUUUGAGCAAUUCUGGGCUGUGAAUAGAAGAUUAAUGGAGAGAGUUGGAGAUGACCCAUAUUUUAAAUAUAUCCCAUUUAAGAUUUACCAGGUUGAUAAACCCUUUAUACAAUGGCUCUUCAGACCUGUUUCGGAUACAGGGGAACAACAGACAUUACGUGACCUUCUGCAGCUCUGUGUCCCUCAUGUGCUUUCGGCUAACAGCAUGGACGUAGACAGUCAGUGGCGUAUAGUAAUCCAGGGCAUAGAGCCUCCAUUAGAGACACCCACCCAGUGGCUCAGCGAGCACCUCAGUCACCCUGAUAACUUUCUGCAUAUUGUUGUGGUGUCGAAUGAGUAAUGGUCUGUUAUCACAGAACGAAAUUAAUAUGUAUAUAUAGCUGUUAACAGGAAAGUACCCAGGAUUGACUAAAGGGGUGUGCACAUCAAUAUGUAUCACAUGCAAAAAGCUUAGGUUUUGAAGAUUCCCUAAUCAGAUAUCACCCACUUUUUGGCUGCAAAGGGGGGGGUGCGUGCACCCCCCCUGUGUAUGUUCCUGGUUAACGGAAAUGUCGAGUUAUCAGAGAAAUACAUUUAGAGAGAUGUCUUAUACCUUUAGCAGUUUAAACAAAAGAUAUCUAAUCUGUUAUGAGCUGUAGGUAUAUAUAGUAUAUAUAGGUAUACAGCUAUUUCAAAUAAGUGUGCACUUGAAGAAUCCAUGUGUUAACCUGCAGUGAUUCAUGGGUGUCAAAUAAAUAAGCAUAAACAAAAGCAAAUCCAGGUUUAGAAAGCAGAAGCAUUCUUGUUUAUUUGAGGAUAAAGCCAUUUAUACCACCCAUAACCACUGUGGGUUACUCAGUCAACCCAUCGAAACUCAAACUUGGCUAAUUUUGAGCCAUCCUUUGCUCAUUUUGAAUCAAAUUGAGUAAUAGUAGUUUUCUGUUAGAAUAGUAUGCAGAUGAAGGAUUUCUUGGAUGGGGGUGGGAGUUCGGUACUAAUAAAUAAAUACUAAAUGUGGGGAAGGGGGGUCACAGGCCCCUUUAUAUCAGAGGGGCCAAGGUACAAAACUAUGUGCUACUUAUACUGUAAGAGUUAUUAUGUCGCUAUGAUAAUAAGCAGCUUUUUAAGAUUCCAAAAAGAAAGAUCCAUGAGUCCAUAACAAAUAACCAUUAGUCAACAACCCAUGUAUAAAUCAAAUACAAUUGUAGUAAAAAUAUUUUUUUUAUUGGA